AUGUCGCAUACUACGGUAAAACAGCCCGCUGUCCUGACCAUUGCCGGUUCAGACAGCAGUGGCGGAGCAGGAAUACAGGCGGACCUCAAGACCUUUACGGCACACUUGUGCUACGGAACUAGCGUCAUUGUCGCACUCACCGCACAAAACACGACCGGUGUGCAGGCCGUGCACGCUCUACCACCAGAAUUCGUCGAACAACAGCUUCGCUCGGUCCUUGACGAUGUCGAGAUUAAAGCUAUGAAAACUGGGAUGCUCUUCGACGCUAAGUCCAUUCGAGCCGUCGUGCGCAUUCUGGAGGCGCACUACGACGGCCGUCCGCUUCCCCUGCUUGUAUGCGACCCGGUGUGCGUCUCCACUUCAGGGCACACGCUUCUUCAGGCAGAUGCGGUGGAAGUCUUGAUCGAGGAGCUCCUUCCCCUGACGUUCCUCGUUACGCCAAACAAAUCCGAAGCAGAACUUAUGCUGUCUCACCGCGGUCUUCCUUCGAGCAUCGAGAGCUUGGAGGACAUACUGCGCGCCUCAAGCGACCUCCUCAAACUUGGCCCUCAGGCUGCCCUCCUCAAGGGCGGUCACCUCACCGUCAGCAUGGAUGACGUCGAGCGGGUCAGCCGGAGCCGACAGAAAAUUCGAGUCGUCCGCGACAUCUUGUUUGAGGAGAAUAUGGAAAUCCUUCAGGUCGCCGAGAAGGAUCUUGCUUCUAAGGAGAUAGUAGUCGAUGUCCUCCACACUGCAUCCGGGACGACGCUUUUCAUUCGACCCAGAGUUGAUUCGACGAGCACACACGGAACGGGUUGCACGCUCUCGGCUGCUUUAGUAUGCGCACUCGCUCGGGGAGAAACAGUCGAGACUGCAACGCGAAAUGCGACAGUGUUUACUCACCUAGGCAUCGAGACUGCUCAGCCCAUCGGUGAAGGUUAUGGGCCGCUGAACCAUAUACAUAGUCUUACUGUGCGAAGUAUCCCUCAAUCAACAUCAAGUAACCCGCACCCGUUCACACGUUUGCUCAUCCAAAGCACUUCCGAGAUCUGGAAGGAAUACGUUGAGCACGAGUUCGUCAAAAAGCUCGCCAGGGGCACUCUUCCUCGAGAAAGCUUCCUCCACUUCAUCAAGCAGGACUACUUGUACCUUCGAUACUACGCUCGCGCAUAUGCACUCCUCGCAGCCAAGUCGUCCACCUUCGCUGCGAUCAAGACCGCAACUGAUACAAUCAUGAAUGUCAUUAACGAAGUCGCGACGCACAAAAGCUUCUGCGCAAAAUGGGGCAUUUCUGAGGAGGAGCUGUCUGCGACGCCCGAGUCACCCGCUACGACUGCCUACGGGGCGUAUUUGCUGGACAUCGGCCUGCAGGGCGACACGAGCAAGCUCAUCGUGGCGUGCGCUGCCUGUCUCUUGGGCUACGGCGAAGUUGGCCUGUGGCUGAAGAAAGAAGCGGAGCGGCCGAGCAGCUGGGUCGUGCUCGAGGGCAACCCGUACAAGCAGUGGAUGUAUGAGUACGGCGGCGCGGACUACCAGCAAGCUGUGCGCGUCGGCAUUGAAACAAUUGAGGCCAUGGCUCAGGAGGACCCGCCAUCUCCCGUGAGAUUCGAAGAGUGGAAGGGAAUUUGGGAGCGCUGCACUCGCCUGGAGAAGGGCUUCUGGGACAUGGCGAUGAACUUGGCAUAGAUUGAAAGCAAAAACAGCAGAGAAAGAUGUACCUGUAAGGAUAUGUAACUAGACAGAUUAGAAUAGAUGCAGGUGCCCUAUGGUGACGGAGGCGGUGGGGUGAGAUCGUCCAGUGAAUCAUCAUCAACUGUAGGCUUGGUCUCUUCAACUUCCACCUCAACUUCUAAUUUCGGGCCUCCGAGGUCCAAGGGUAUCUCUUCGACUUUGGCUGUCUUCUUGACCCGCUUGGUAACAAUCUUCGCGCUUGGGCAUAGGCCAUUACUCAAGUCACAAGACUCACAUUUCGGCCUGACCGGUUGGCAUAUAGUCUGGCAGUCGACGUGAG